AUGUUUUCAUCUAUAACUCGCAUUGGUAACUCUUCCCAAUCGUCCUCAGAUAAAUCAUUACCCCCACCAGUUCCAUCCAAAUCUUCAAAACCAUCCAUAUGGCAAAAAACUAGAACUGCUUGCUCACCAUGUUGUAAAGUUCUUUUAACCCCAUAUUACAAAUGGAGCGAAUGGCUAGAAAGAAGACAUCCAAAAGUAGCUCCAUACAAAUAUGCCAUCUUAAUUUCAUUAGGGUUAUUUCUAUUAGCUUUACUAAUUAUAAUAAUAGUUGCCGCUGUCGGUGGAUUUCAAAAUAAUAGUAAUGGAGAUACUGGAAAACCAGGAUUAAAUUUGAGUGGGAGUGGGGACGGUACUUAUUAUGAUCCAGGCGUAGGGAUAGGUUCAUGCGGAAUGCAAAAUUACGACAGUGAACUAGUUGCCGCUAUGAAUGCACCACAGUACGGUAUAUAUUCUGACCCUGCUGAUUCGCCAGUGUGCGGGAAAUGCAUACAAGUCACUGGACCUAAGGGAACUGUUAAAGUAAAAAUUGUGGAUAAGUGCCCUGUAUGUAAAAGCGGAGAUAUUGAUAUGUCAUCAACUGCUUUUAAAGUAAGUUAUAAUAUAGUUGGAACCGUUAUUCGUUUAAUCGCCUUUAACAGUUUAUGUUAUACGGUUAAACGA